GCUUUCCCAUUUCUCUCAUCCUCGCCUUCCAACAGAAGCUAAAAAAAAUUGCAACUGCCGAGAUGACGAAAGAAGGCGAAUUGGACAUAAAAGACCUGGAGCUCAUCGACAUGGAUUCGGAGACGCAGCCCAUGACCGCCGACGGCGCCGUGGCGGCUGAGAAGAACGGCACGGUGAAGAUCAAGGUCCCCGAAGAGGAGGUCAAGUUCACGGGCCUAUCCAAAGACGAGCUGAUGAAGGUGGCCGGCACCGCAGGGUGGGUGCGUACGCGCUGGGUGCUACUGGGUCUCUUCUGGUUGGGCUGGCUGGGCAUGCUGGCGGGGGCGAUCGUCAUCAUCGUCCAGGCCCCGCGCUGCCAGCCCAUCCCCGAGAUGAACUGGUGGAACGACGGACCCCUCUACCAGAUCGACGACCUCGCAGCCUUCACCGAGGAAGGCCAAAUCAAAGGCGUGGAGGACAAGCUGGACAUGUUGAACCAGCUGAAGGUGAAGGGCCUGCUGCUGGGGCCCUUCCACCAGGCCCAGGCCAACCAGCUCAGCACCCUGGACCUGCAGAAGAUCGAUCCCACCAAGGGCACCCUGGAAGAGCUACAGAGCUUGAUGGAGAAGGCCCACAAGAAGGGAAUCUCUGUGGUGCUGGACCUGACUCCUAACUACCUGGGCAAUAAGCCGUGGUUCAGCGGUGGCAAAUCAGUCGAAGUCUUGGAAAAACUAAAGGAAGCGGCAAAGUACUGGCUGGAUCUGGGCGUGGACGGCAUCAAGGUGUCUGACCUGGGCGCGGCCAGCGCCAUGGCUGAUUGGCCGUCGAUCCCGGACACGACGUUGAACAACGAUACCGAGACCGAACUUCCCAGGAAGAAGGCUCUGAUUGGUGUGGUGAGUGGCAAGUCAGUGUCUCAGGUGUCGGAGCUGCUCAACACCUCCUCCGUCAACCUCCUCGUCUCAGACCUGCUCACCAACAUCACAGGAGGCUUGGAGAGGGCUCAGGCCAUCGAGCUGCUCUUGGAAAGGAACGACCAGAGGAACGUGGGCUGGACCCUGGGAGUCGCCACGAGCACCCACCUGGCCAACGAGGCCAAGACCCCCGAGCUGGUGAAGCUGUACCAGCUGCUGCUCUUCACCCUGCCCGGCACGCCCGUCUUCCUCUACGGCGACGAGAUCGGCCUCCAAGCUCAAGGUAAAGAAUCUCCCAUGAUGCUUUGGGACAUCGAGAAACCAGAAGAGGUUGCUGCCGUAAACAAAACUGCUGAGGCCGACAGGCAGGCUCGUGAAGAGAACCGGAAUUGGUUCAAGACCCUCAGCGACCUGCGAGGCAAAGAGCGCUCCCUUCUGCACGGGGAGUACCACACCCUCAACUCCUCGGGCAGCGCCCUGGCCUACCUGCGGCUGUGGGACCAGAGCGACCGCUACGUGGUGGCCGUCAACUGGGGCUCCGCACCCGCCACGCUCACACCGCGGUCUACCGGCAAGGCCGAGCUGCCGACGGAGGCCGUGGUGAGGCUCUCCACAGACUCAGAGUUGAAGGCAGAGACCAUGGUCAGUCUGAAGGCCAUCACCCUGGGACCUGGGAGGGGGGUACUGCUGCAGUUCCCCUUCACGUCCUAGAGGGGGCGACAGAUCACACUUAGACAAGAGCACAGACCUCUUGCAAAGCUUAAAUGUUUUUGGAGUGAAAAAGUGUGUUUUGUACACCAGAUGUUUUAUUUAUGGGCUGUAGGACACUAUUUCGCAGUUGAAGGAAGCUGAGCCAGUUGUCUAAGGAAGACAUGAAGCAUAUUUUAUUAAAACAUUUUUAGGUUAUGACAUGCUUGAAUAUCGAAUGGUGCUCGCAGAAAGUUGAAAAUGAGAGCAUUUCAAUUUUUUUUCAACUACAUAUGUGGUUUUCCCUGUGCAGCUGGCAUGCAGUCCCAUCACUAAUUUAAUUUAGUUUACUUCAACAUUCCGUUCUUAUUCCCUGGGGCAAUCCUGUGAAAGGAUUUUAUUGUGAUUUUAAUAUAUUUUUUUCUUUUACCUCGAACGAGAGAACACGACUGCAUCAUUUUAAGAACAUUGUUUUUGAAGAAACGGGAGGCCACGGCCUUUUUACCCCUCAAAGUGGACGAGAAAGAAAUAUGGGAAAAUCAAUAAAAACAUUUUCCCCAUCCA